GCACACGUUAGCUUGCGGGUUGUAGAUUUGUACUACAGGGAAUGAGAGAAGCAUUCUGCCAGUUUAUCUCAAGCAGAGCAAUAUUCUCCUAUAGUUGUCUCAUCUUUAGUAUAAACUGCAAUCUCAAGCUACCAUUUGUGGACCGUUAUGCCGCAGGUCUGCAAAAGCGAAGCUAAGAGCACUACCGUCCUGUGCCUACUUCUCUUAUUGCCUUUCAUAUUAGUUACUGAAUGCUGUUCUGGAGGAUAUCAAUUUAUUGGUCUCUCUACAAAAGAAAUUGAUCAUUGUGACCCAUUCACCACCAAUGGAGUAAGACUCCUCUGUGAAAUCAAAGCAAUUGCUGCUACUGCAGGACAUGUACAUGAUAUUCAGUGGUACUUUAACUCAGUGAAACUUGCUAAUGGAACAAGCAAGUACUUAAUUAUUAACACUUAUCAUAACAGAGUUUUCGAAUCAGUCCUGCACCUCAGUAACUUAAUUGAAGGAACUGACAUUGGCACAUAUAUGUGCCAAGUAAUUGUAGAACCAAAUAACAUGCUGCUGCCACAGCCAUCAUUCAGUAUCCCUCCAGUAGUUGAUUAUCAACGCUCUUCCACGUGUGGACCAAAGGCCGACAAAGCACAAAAGCGUAGUAGUUGUGCAUCAUUAAAUCCUUCAGUCUCCAUACAAGCUACCAGUACUACAUUAUCAAUGUCAUUGCAAACCACAGGAACAAAAUCAACUGACAGUCAAUCAUCUAUAAUAACAUCCACUUUUAUUGAAUCUGUUAUUUCUGCAAGUACUACAAUUGGUAAUACUGCCUUGCCUCCAAUUGCUACAAAUUCUGUUAAUAACAUUGCUAGUACCACUACAAGCAAAACCCUAACUGUGAGCUUUUCGCCUACAAGCAACACUGCAGUUAAUAUUGCUAGCAGUGCAAGUACCACAAGUAGCAACUCUUUAACUGGUAAUACUGUCAUCCAUUCUAGUAUUGUAGCUAGCAAUACUCUAUCCAGUAAUGGCAAUACUGCCAUGCAUUCUCAUACUAGCAGUCCCAUUGUCAGUCCUAGUACUGUCAGUUUUAGUACUGCCAGUCUUAGUACUAUUUCUGUUGGCAACACUGAUCAAUACCCAGUUGCUGUUUGGAUGUACAUUAUUGUAACUAUACUCUCAACUUCUAUCUUGAUAUUUGUUCUUGUUACUCUUGUCCUGGUAGCCAUGUUCUGCCGUCGCUCACCUUCGUCCCCAACUAUAGAAGAUGUUGUCUUAAGACCCAGAUCACGUAACCCAGCAUCAGACCCACUUCCACCUAACCCAUCAGACCCACUUCCACCUAUAAGGCAGAGCAUGAUUCUAACAUCAUCUGAGACUACGAAGAGUUCUGAUCUCAGCUUCCCUCUGACAACUAUUCAUUGCAGCCCUCUGCAGAAUCAGCUCAUGUCAAAUCAAUCAUUGGGAGGUGUGGCAUUUAAUUUACAAGGCCCUUCGCAUUCCUCCUUUACUGUGUAUGCCGAAGUAGAAUCAUUAAAGUCAAAUGAUGUCGAAGAAACUACUACUGCUACAACAGUUUCAGGUUUUCCUAAUGCCUCGGGAACUUCUUCUUCAAGUCAUGCUUAUACAUUACCAAAUGACACCCUGGGCCACAGUGAUGAUAAUACAACCUCAACUGGUUGCUGGUCACCAGUUGUUAUCAGGGAGGAGAGGCAGAAACAAAGUGAUAGCACUCAAAAUGGGCCGUCGUCACUUUUAAUGUGUACACAACUUCAGAUUUCUUCCAAUUCAAGUGAUAAUAUCUCCCUAUCUGACGAAGAUCGUACCAGUGGUUCUCAAGAUUAUUACAAUGGAAACUUAAUCGUGUGUCAUCAAUCAGGCCCUUCAAGUGCCCAAAUUAGACAAACAUGCUCGUUAACUGAACAAUCUUUCUCACUGGGUGGAUCUGCAACCUGUCACAACAGAAUUGUGCCCGCAGUAGUAGGUGAACUUCAUGUAGAUGUAGACUAUGCUCAUCCUUCAGAUUUUGUUCUACCAGCAAAUGAAAGGAUUGAUGAAGGAAGAGCAAGGAAGCCCACGAACUCCAGUACCGAGUCAUUGACCACUUCCCUCCAGAUCCUUUUUAGUGAGAAUGAGAGAGAUGGUAGAGACAGUGCGACUGAUGAUGACAACUUACGUUCGUCUUCGUCUAGCUCAGGCUGUACGGACUUAUCAAAGUAUAGCGGUGACUAUGAGCGAGAUCCCAACUACAUGAGAGCACUGCUAGUUAGGAGAGGAGUUGAAGAAGAAGUACCACAUCAGAGGUCUGCUUUAUCACCUACACAAGAAAGACAGGAGAAUCUAGACAGUGGAAUGGAUGGACUGUUUUAUUUGCCUUCACUGCCGGACGAUGUGGAGAAACAAUCGUUGACGUAUUCGUCCUCCUCUUCCGAUACUUAUAAAUCGCUGGAGAGCCUAACACGAAACCCUUCCCCAGUGUACAUGAAACCAUUUCUAAGAGAAACACAAGAAAAUGGCUUUACGUCAUUAACUGUUUGAUAAUGCAUGCAUCUACUGUACAUUAUAUAAUGCAUUUAUGAUUUAUUUUUUUAUUAUUCAUAGCAAUAAUUGCAA